AUGUCUGCAAUGACCACAAAUAGUGCUGCGUUGGAAUUUGCCAAGGCUGCCUCUGAAGCAACAACCAACUUUGUACAGUCCCAUUACAACAACAAGGAUUCCAUCAACUUUGCAAACUUCAAUCAGGACUUUUCAUGCAUAUCUGUUGGUUAUGAGAGUGGCUACAAAAUAUUCAAUUGCGAGCCGUUUGGAAAGUGUUAUACCAAAACGGAUGGAAGCGUGGGAAUUGUGGAAAUGCUGUUUUCGUCUUCAUUGGUGGCGAUGGUGGGAUUGGGCGAACACCCGGCUCUUUCGCCCCGGAGGCUCAAGAUCGUAAAUACCAAGAGACAGACCACCAUUUGCGAACUUACGUUUCCGACGUCAAUUUUGGCAGUCAAAAUGAACCGGGAAAGGCUUGUGGUACUUCUGGAGGAAACCAUAUACAUAUACGACAUCAACAACAUGAGGCUACUGCACACUAUAGAGAUCCCGUCCAACCCCAACAGUCUAAUAGCCCUUUCUCCCACUACGGAUAGCAACUAUCUGGCUUAUCCCUCACCCCCGAAAAUCCCAGCCAAGGGGAACUCCAACAACGAUUCUGGACAAAACACCAAUGGUGCGGUGAACAACGGUGCUAAUUCGGUGAGACACGGAGAUGUGAUAAUAUUCAACGCAAAGACCCUCCAGCCUCUUUCUGUGAUAGAGGCUCACAAGACGAGUCUGGCUGCGAUGACUCUGAGUUUGAAUGGACUGCUUUUGGCGACGGCGUCCGAUAAGGGAACGAUUGUGAGAGUGUUUUCGGUGGAGACAGGUGCCAAGCUGUACCAGUUCAGAAGAGGAACGUAUCCCACCAAGAUAUAUUCGCUUGCGUUCAGUCCGGAUAACCGUUUUGUCAUUGCUAGUUCUGCGACAGAGACAGUUCAUAUCUUCAAAUUAGGAGAUGAUGAAACGCCUGCACCGACCUCAGGCCCAGCUCUUUCUGCUGUGCAGUCGCCAAGCUUGAAAAAAAGCAGCGAUUCCGAAGUCAGUGAUGACGAGGAACAGGAAGACGACGUGGAAGGGCCUCCUACAACUUUGGGACGUCGCGCAUCUACAACGUCGUUGGGCUCAUUAAACAGCACGGAGUCUGGCGCAGACAAAGUGGAGCCUCUGGUGGACCAUUCCCGUCGCUCGGUUGGACGGAUGAUACGAAGAACGUCCCAAUCAAUAGGAAGAAAAGCAGCUGAGCGCAUGGGAACUUAUCUACCGCCCAAAUUCUCGUCGAUAUUGGAGCCAAACCGCCACUUUGCUUCUCUCAAGGUUCCAACCUCCAAGGACACAAAAACCGUUGUGGGGAUAGCCAAGAUGCCUUCGUUAGAUCUGAUUCCCAGCGUCUUAUUAGACAACGGGUCUGCUCAAGGAAGUAUGGUGGAUGACUCUUCAAGCGACUUGACUUCCAAGAAGCUGCUCCAUAUAAUGAUUGUGUCUUCGGAGGGGUUCUUCUACAAGUUUGGCCUGGAUCCUGAGCGCGGAGGAGAUUGCAUUCUUUUGAGUCAAUACUCCCUUCUGAAUGACACUGUUAACAAGGAGCUAGGUCUGUAA